GGUUCGUUUUGAUUUGAUCCAAAUCCAACGCCCUCUUCACUCUCAUCAAAGCAAAAGCCGAAACGCAUGCAUUUGUACGAUACAUACACACACCUAAUUGUCUUACCCCCUCUCUCCGAUUCAAUCGCCAUUCUUCUUCUUCCUCUUCCUCUUCCUGUGAUUCUAUACCAUGGCCAUUGAAGCUCGUCGUCUUCCUCUCUCCCCUCCUCUUCUCUUAACCAACAGGUUCGUUUCUCUCUCUUUUCUCUUUCUUCGCCGUUUCCAUGGAAUCUUAUGACCGGAGUUUCCUGGGCUUCAGCGAGUUUCGUGUAUUGGAUGACGUACGGCGUCCCGCCACCGGUUACAGCGGCGGAUACGCCUCUUCUUCACCUGUACGGCUCCGCUGUCCCCACCACAGCGGAUUCGUUCGCUCCGCAGAUCGUCAAGUCCGUCGACGUUUCCUCCUUCUCGUACUGCGAUGGCAUCAACAACAACAAUUGUGGCAGCAGCAACAUCAACAGCGAUUUAUGCCCGUUACCGUCUCGAAAACGGUCCAGAGAUUCUAUGGCCAAUUACCCAUUUACUCAUCAGAACUCAAGAUCGUGUGCUCCUUUGUCAUUUUUGGGGCAAGAUAUAUCGUUUCAGAUUCAUCAGCAGCAGCUCGAAAUCGAUCGUUUGAUAGCGCUUCGCAUGGAGAGAGUGAAAAUGGAGAUCGAAGAGAGGAGAAACAAACAAGCAAGGACGGUAAUGGAGGCGAUAGAGGAAGCGGUGAUGAAGAAGCUGAGAGCGAAAGAAGAAGAGAGGGAGAAGAUCCGGAACCUGAACAACGCGCUAGAGGAGCGCGUGAAGUCACUCGCCAUCGAGAAUCAAAUUUGGCGGGAACUGGCUCAGACCAACGAAGCCACCGCCAACGCCCUCCGCACCAACCUGGAGCAAGUCUUGGCGCAGGUUAAGGACCUGGGCAUCCCCGGCGCACGGCAAGGCUUAUCCUACCCCGAUGUCGAUGCAGACGACGCUCAGUCCUCCUGCGGGAGCAGCGGAGACGACGAGGAGGUGGAGAGGCGCACGUUAGCGGUUGAGGCGGAGGAUAAGGGGAGGAUGUGCAGGAACUGCGGAGAGGUGGAAUCGUGUGUGUUGCUGUUACCGUGCAGACACCUAUGCCUUUGUGGGGCCUGCGGGUCCACUCUGCACGCGUGUCCUAUCUGUGGGUCCCCAAAUAACGCUAGUGUUCAUGUUAACAUGUCAUAGGAGGAAAAAAAAAAAAGAAACAGGAGAAAAUAUUGGAAAAUAUAUACAUUUUUCCUUUUCUUGGACAAAAUCUGCAACUUCCGUAAGAACAAAUUUCAACAAGAAAUUCUUUUAUUUCUUUUCUCUAA